UUUACAUGAGGUACAAAGAGACAUGGCCUAAACAUAUAAUUAAACAGCCGCUCACAACUUUCCUAUAUCAAACCCAUUUACAUUACUAAGAUUCGUUAAGAAAAGGCACAAUCUUGCAGCCAUGUCAUCUGAUACAUGGAAUCAGCUGCAAGCUCACAAGAGGAAACAAGAAAGUUUGAAAGAGCGUUUGCUUAAAAGAAGGAAAGAGCGCCAAGGUUUAUUGGAAGGGGAAGUUGCCAGUGUUUUGGGAUCAGAAGCAACCUCUUCAUUAAAGAGCGACGAAGAUCCUUCAAAGACAAGCACUGAAAAAGAUGUUAAGCAAAGGGUUCCAAGUGAAGAAAAAGUAAAGGUUACUGAGAUUGAUGCCAGUCUAGAAAGGAAUGUAGUUGAUCUGCUAUGCAACACGUUGCUGAAUUUACCAGUAAGCAUUGACGACAUAAAGGAUGCAUUGAAUAAGAAUCAGAAACACUCAUCAUCAGAUGUAGAGAUAAAGACAAUCUUGGAAAAGCUUGAGGCACAGGCACUUAUAAGUGUCAAGAAAACCGUAUCUGCUUUUCUGGUCAUAGAUUGCGAAUAUUCAAAGUUGGAAGCAGUAUUUGAAGAAAAGAAGGGGGAAGAUGGAAAAACAAAGGAGAACUUCCCAGAUGCAAAGAAAACGAGAAAAGAGAGAGAUGAAAGUAGUACCAAAUCGCCUACAGCUAUGUCAUCUAAGCGAGCGACGUCUGAAAGAAGGCCAGAUAAAUCGACGAGCAACAAAAAUGCAAUCGAGAGUCUACUUGCGAUGCCGACUAUGAAAGAGAAAGAGAACAACAAAGUUGGCGAAGAGAUCAUUGAGCUGCUAAAUGAACCAACUGCAAAGGAAUUAUCUUUGAUGGAAAAGUUUAAGUCCCAGGGUGGUACAUCUGUCAAAGAGUUUUGUCCCUACGGAACGAGAGAUGAAUGCAGAAGAAAUAAUACCGAAAAAGAAAGAUGCACAAAGCUACACUUCAAGAAGAUAUUACAAAAGCACACUGAUGAGUCUCUUGGAGAUUGCUCUUUUCUAAACACUUGUUUCCAUAUGGAUACCUGUAAGUAUGUUCAUUACGAGGUGGAUUACUCCGCAUGUCCUGACGCUGGCAAACAAAAGAACACACAGCAUUCGAACCAAAGCAUCAAUCAUCGCCAGAUUGCAAUUGAAAGACAGAAGCACAUUUUGUAUCCACCUCAGUGGGUGCAAUGUGAUAUGCGCUACUUAGAUCUCGAAGUUCUUGGAAAGUUCAGUGUUGUAAUGGCCGAUCCGCCUUGGGACAUUCAUAUGGAGUUGCCGUAUGGUACCAUGCAGGAUAAUGAAAUGAGAAACCUGAGGGUUGGCAAUCUGCAAGAUGAAGGCUUCAUCUUCCUCUGGGUCACUGGAAGGGCCAUGGAACUUGGCAGAGAAUGUCUCCUUGUUUGGGGAUAUGAACGAGUGGAUGAAAUUAUUUGGGUGAAAACUAAUCAACUGCAAAGGCUCAUUCGAACAGGAAGGACUGGACAUUGGAUUAAUCAUGGAAAAGAACAUUGUCUUGUCGGCAGAAAAGGUGAUCCAAAGAAUAUAAAUGUUGGCCUUGACUGCGAUGUUCUUGUUUCCGAGGUAAGGGAUACCAGUCAUAAACCGGACGAAAUCUACGGUCUCAUCGAGCGUUUAUCUCCUGGGACAAGGAAAAUAGAACUUUUCGGACGUCAGCACAACGUGCAACCAAACUGGAUUACACUCGGUAACCAACUACGUGGAGUGAACUUAGUAGACCCGGAUGUUGUUAAGCGCUUCAAAGAAAAGUAUCCUGAUGGUAAUUGCUUGAAACCAGCUGCGGCUGCACCUCCACAGCAAAUACAAUAACUUUUGGAACUCUAGAAUAGUGAUUACUGGUCACUAAUGAGAUCCACUCCACAAAUCACGUUUGGUUAUUCAACAUGUGCUGAACACGCCACAAAACCCCCGAAUAAAGGCUUUGUUAUUUGCCUGAAAUACAGGGAGGCCUGGGACCUAGUGUGACGUCAGUUGUGCCCGGGCCGUACUGAGAUACUGUUGAGAGAACAAAGCUUGCUAAUGCGCAGAGCAUGACAAAUAUUUAAUGUUAUUUUUUAUUAAAGAAAAUGGUGACUUGGGUAGAAUUUCUUCACUAAAUUUUGCAAAUUGAUACUUUGUUGUAAAUGUACUUCUUAGUUUGUUGUCAAGUUGUCAAAAGAUUAACAAUCAAAUAUAACAUACCAAA